UUGAAAUGAAAAACGGUUGGAAGUUCCGAAUAGUUCGUUAACGUCGGGGGAGAGAAGAAGGUGAGUGCAAAAAACACCCAAAAAUGUGAUUCCGGAAUCGAAGUAGAGAGAGAAAGAUAAAGAGAAGGAAAAAAUGGGUACAAGAGAGAGGGAAAGAGAUCUAGAGCUAUUGAUCCCAGUGGCUACAGUUUCUGAAAAUGGAGCCUCCAAAUCUUCCUCCGUACCCACCGCCGCUUUAUCUCAUCAUCACUCCGGCCGUGAGGCAUUUGCUAAAGUCAUUCGUAGCUGGGCGUCAAAGAAGUUCAUGACAGGAUGUGUAAUUCUUCUACCAAUCGCUAUUACAUUUUAUAUCACGUGGGGAUUCAUUCGUUUUGUUGAUGGUUUCUUCUCUCCCAUAUAUCAUCAUUUGGGGAUCAAUAUUUUUGGGCUUGGGUUUAUUACCUCCAUCACAUUCAUCUUCCUCGUUGGUAUUUUCAUGUCAUCUUGGUUGGGAGCUUCUGUUCUUACUCUUGGUGAAUGGUUUAUUAAGAAAAUGCCAUUUGUAAGCUAUAUAUACACGGCCUCGAAGCAAAUUAGUAUUGCAAUAUCACCAGAUCAAACUUCAAAUGCCUUCAAGGAAGUAGCAAUCAUCAGGCACCCUCGUUCAGGAGAAUAUGCUUUUGGAUUCAUCACUUCCUCCGUUAUUCUUCAGAGCAGAAUGGAAGAGGAAGAACUCUAUUGUGUUUAUGUGCCCACCAAUCAUCUCUAUCUUGGAGACGUAGUUCUUAUGAGUUCCAAGGACAUCCUGAGGCCAAAUCUGUCUGUCCGAGAAGGAAUUGAAAUUGUGAUAUCUGGAGGGCUGUCAGUACCUCAAAUACUGACCACAGUGGAUGCAAGAGCACUUCCAACAGGUGGAGUUCAAAAACUGUGCAAAACCAAAAGCUGUAUGGUAUGAUGGUGAGAGUGGAAAAUGGAAGUUUCUACAGUUUGUGAAUUCAGAAUGCUGAAUGGGCUGUCCAGUGUGCUCCUCCCAUCUGGAGCAGCCAGCUGCUGCAGCUGUAAUGGAGCAAGAUUUGGUGCUGCAAAUUUUAAGUAGCUCAAAUUCUUUAGAAACAAACAGGAACAAAUGUUUUUUUAUUUCAUUCUUUCUGCAACUCUGUUUAGGAAACCGUCCAACUUUUUUAUUCAUACAACUUGAAACCACACUUCUCGUA